AUGAAAGCUAGCAAGGGAGAUGAAGCAAGAAUGACCGAUAAGACUGCGACUCUUCCAUGGCUUUUGUCGCGAGCAUCGCAGCCUCUGGGCGAUCUCGACGGCAGAAAUCUGCUACUGGAUGAAUCAGGGGAAACGACUCUCCCUGACGAAAGUCUCAUCCUCAAGACAGCGCUCUUCUACUAUGGUGCCGGGGAACAAGUCAGAAAGAUCAGCUUGACGCACAACCUGCUCAUCCUGUCGCUCGAGGACAGCAACAAGAUACUGGACUGCAUCCCUCUCAACGAGAUUGAGAGCGUUCAGAACGCGCACAUGGACGUCCACAAGCACUUUGAGGACAUGGACCUUGACGGCAACGGGCUGAUCAGCCGAUCGGAGCUGACGGUCGCCCUGUCCAAGUACGGCUUCAGAGCGAACAAGAUCACUGCCAUCUUCGAGGACGCGGACGUGAACCUGGAUGGUAGAGGACGGGUGUGUGUGCGGGUUGUGCUGACGCAGUGUGAAGGUGACUUGUCGUAUGACGAGUUCCAACAAUACAUCAUGCCAGUGCUCGCGUCAGAGGGGAAGAGCGUCAUCCUGAUCAGAACGAAUCCCAAGGGAUACAACUCGGGCCGGACGUACACGUUGAGACAUUUCUCGAACAAGCAUGUCAGCCAGGCAGAGAAGGAGAAGGCCUCCCUCUCGCGCUUCUACGAUCGCGCUCUCGUGCAGACUUUCUUCGCUGUUCUCAUUGCUGCAAACUUCAUUUGUACUGCAACUGAGCUUCAGCUUCUUCCGGAGGAUGGAACGAAAGCUGCUGAUACAUUCAAGAUUCUUGACAUCACUUUCACUAUCAUCUUCGCCGUUGAGCUUGCUAUCAACAUGGCGGCCCACUGGUUUCACGCGUUCUGGAAAAUGGCUGGCACGUCUUCGACUUCUUCGUCGUUUCGGUUUCAAUUGUUUCGUUGGGUCCAGACGCUUCGACUCAUCCGCGCCUUCCGAGUUCUCAGAAUCUUCUCGAGGCCCGUCAUCAACGCCAUGUUCAUCGUGUUCCUCAUCAUCUCAAUCUACGCGGUCCUUGGAGUCAAUUUUUUCAAGGAUAAGAACUUGGAGCAUUUCAGCAACUUCUCGCUGAGUUUCUUCACGAUGUUUCAGGUCGCCACUUUCGACGACUGGGCGUCAAUCUCUCGCUCGCUGUUUGGCAGCGACGGCACCAUGGACGCAGGCCCGACUCUCUUCUUCAUCUCCUUCAUCCUUAUCGUCCCCUUCACCCUCCUCCCCGUCGUCAUCGCCGUCCUCCUGGAUCACUUCACAACAGCGACCAGGAGGGAGAAGGACAAGAACGAGAGGAAGCAGCUCGAGUCCAAGAACGCCGAGGGCGUCACCAGCUCCAUCGACCCGCUGCUGGCCACCCUCAUGACCUGCCGCUCGUCGGAGGAGCUUACAAGGAGGGCGUCCGACCUCUUCGACAGGAUGGACGUAGAUCGGUCGGGGGCGCUGAGCUGGCAGGAAAUGAGCGAGGGACUGAGGAAGAUGAACGUGAAGCCGAAGAUCAACUUCACUGAGGACGAGUUCAACAACAUUACCCUCCAGCAGACCCUCUGCAACGACGAGGGUGAGCUAGACAAGCAUGCGUUCGACAGGCUGCUGAGAAUACAGCUGUUCGCGUACGCCGAGCGGAACCUGGCGAACUCGAUCCCUUCGAUCGUCAAGGACGACCUGCACAUGGGCAUCAUGACGUUUGCGAUCAAAAUCAUCCUCGGGCAGACGUGGGAGACUAACUCAACGUGUAAGUCCACACAAAUGGCAUCGAAUGUUGCAAACAGCAAGAAGGUUUUCAGGAGCUCUUCUCUACCCAACGUGCUGGAUGUGAAGCCAUCUAGCUCACAAGACUUCAAGUCGUCAUCCUCGUCAAACGAUGAGUGCUCAUCGACCAGAAAGACGAUGGAGGAACUGAAGGAUAUGAUGAUACACAACAUGGAGUACACGAGGCGGCUCAAUGAAACCUGGGUCAAGAGGUUCAAUGAGCUGCAAGACUCUUUGCAUCGCGAUGCAAGAAAUGCUUCACUGCUCGAUGACAAGCUAAACUUUGAGCAAGCUUCGCUUCAAAACUCAUCACUCACCAGCCAUGCAGUCGACUUAUCACCAGCAUUUGACUUCUCAUCGUUGCCAAGGGAUCCGAGGGAUCGCAGACAAGAAACAGAAGACGCACAAGAGAGACACGAAGAGAAUGAGAGAGAUGUGAGGGAUAGGAGAGAUGUGCCGGCGCUGGACUUCAAUCAAAUCAGGAGCAAGGGACAGAAACCAGAACGUCUCAAGGGGCAAGACAGCAAGUCAGCCAUGCAGGCAAGAGAUGCAAACAGAAGCAACAGGCGAGGGGGAGUAGAUUCUUCUGCAGCUCCACCCUUUCCAGAUUUUUCAUCGGGCGACAUCUCAGCAUUUUCACCGCACGAGGAUUCGUUCGUGAGCGCCGGCAGCUUGAGGAAUUCCAGCGGCAGGCAGGUGAAGGCAGGCACGAGGAGGAGGAGAGGGUCAGACUUUACCAACGAGAAGCUCUUCCCUCGAGCCUCGCACGCUCACAGCCAGUCAAGCGAGGAAGCGAAUGGUGGACGCAGGCAAGAAGGGGAGGAAGGAGGACAGAACGCGGGGCAAGGGAAGAUCAACAUGUUCGUGAAAGAGCUCGACGAGUUUGUUCAGGGCAGAAACCACUCGGAUCAGAGGAUCAAGGUUCUCUUCUCCCGAGACAAAAAUCACUUGGAAAUAGUUCGCAAUGGAUAUCAGGGACACGCGUGA